GAAGAAGUGGCUCAUUUGUUUGACCACCAUGAUUCUGGCCAUAGGUUCAUACAGUCUAUGGUUCGUACCGGUUCAGACACGUGAUUGCUACCCGUGUCUCAGUUUGCAGCCUGUGCAGGGAAGCGCAGGAAAGAAGCCAGAGACAGUACACUGAGUAACUUAAACCCGCAGUGAAGGUCCUGUCGUGUGCGUCAGUUGAGACAAGUAAGAGCAUUUGUAUUCGUUCAAGUUGGGUUUCCUCACCUACAGCUGCCAACUGUUGCUGCCAGUAUGAAUGGGGAGCCCCUCUCAGCCCUGUGUACCCCUGCUCUGGUGGUGGAUGUGGACAAAGUGAAGAGAAAUGCCCAGAGGAUGAUUGAUAGUUAUCAGAAGCUGGGAGUCCAGCUUCGGCCUCACAUGAAGACACACAAGACCCUUGAGUGUGCCGACAUAAUGACGGGCGGAUCACGGAGGUGCAUCGUGGUAUCCACACUUGCAGAGGCCUGUUUCUAUGCCGACCAUGGAUAUGAUGACAUCCUAUAUGCUUACUCUGUUCCCUUUGAUAAGGUUGAGCGUUGUGCAGCCCUGUCAGAGAGGCUGGAACUCUUCCAGGUUUUGCUGGAUCACCCCGCUGCUCUAGAAGAGCUCAGAAAGAGACCGCUGAAAGACGUCCGGCAGUGGCACGUCUGGCUGAAGCUGGACUGUGGCAAUGGGAGAGCUGGGGCACUGCACUCAGAUCCCGCUGCGUUCAGAUUGGCUCGGGCCAUCGCUGAGACGGAGGGCGUGCAGCUAACAGGAGUGUACGCUCACUGUGGGAACACCUACAACUGCAGGGGAGAGGAGCAAAUACAGGCUGUUGCCCGGGAAACCACCAGCUUGACUGUACAGUUCGUGGAAAAACUGAAGGCCGUCGGCAUCACCUGUAAAUCCAGCAUUGGCUCCACCCCCUCCUGCAGUCACCCAAUCAAAGACAUGGCGCUGCUCAGUGAGGUGCAUCCUGGAAACUACGUCUUUUUUGAUGUGCAGCAGUCUGUGAUUGGCUCGUGCAGUCUGGAGGACGUGGCUGUGAGGGUUUUAACACGAGUCAUUGGACACUCUCCUCAUAGGAACCAGCUCCUAGUCGACUGUGGAUGGUCUGGACUCAGUCUGGACGGAGCUGGAAAGCUUCCCACUGGAUAUGCUGUGAUUGAAGGACAUCCAAACCUCAAGUUGUUGUCUAUGACCCAGGAGCAUGGUAGAGUAGAGCCCAUCUCAGGAGAGCUGGACUACAGCAAAUACCCCCUCGGCUCUCUGCUCGCUCUGAUCCCCUACCAUUCUUGUGCAACAGCUAUAAUGCACCCUGUGUACCACGUGCACUCUGAGGGCCGUCUGCUGGGGACGUGGACACCUACGCGUGGCUGGUGAACAACUUCUUGGAUCAACUUGUGAUGCCUGUGUAUGAAUUCACAACCAGUACGACUGAGGAAUAUUCACCUCCUCUUUCGCUGCCCCUUUUGGGGGUAUGCGAGACAUAUGAGUAGAAGAAUGUAAUUCCUAUUCCCCAGAAGUCUCUGAAGUGAUGUGGGAGAAGAAAUGUAGAAAAAAUAAACACAACUUGCAAAAUGUCUGAAUAAAUCAAGGCUUUAGGACGA